AUGUAUCGAGUUUUGAUUACUUUCGCGAUUGCCAUCGGUAUCGUAUAUGGACAAGAACAUUUUCCACCUGUUGCAUAUGGUGAGGCAUGUGUGACACAAGGAUUUCAUGCUGGCCAUCAAGGAGUUGAUAUUGGAUCAUAUAGUGCUAAACGUGUUAAUCUGUAUACUAUUUGGGAUGGAACAGUUAUUGGAGUUUGUAAUGGUGCUGGUGAUUUUGAUCAGAGUAAAUGUGGAUCAUGUGGCAAUUUUGUUGAAAUUCAACAUAAUACCGUUAAAGUUUUGUAUUGUCACAUGACAUCGGGCUCAAUAACUGUAUCCGUUGGACAACGUGUUGCGCGUGCACAAAAAAUUGGUUUGAUGGGCACAUCUGGUCAUUCAACUGGUGUUCAUUUACAUGUACAAGUAAGAGAAAUAAAUGGUGGUCAACUACGAGAUAUUCGUACGCGUCUUGGAUUAAACGGAUGGAAAACUUGUUAA